UGCAGGCUGGAUAGAUGCUCUGGAAUAUUUACAAAGACCCUAACACGGGAAAACUUGCAACAGUUUGAAGGACUUUUACAGCAAUGCCGACAUGCCCAAACUUUUGUUUUCAAAGAUUUGCCGCUACGAGUUUAAGGAUCUGAUUGAUAAUGUGAAUCAACGCAGAAGGAUUGAUAUUGUUCUGAGCCGGAGGCAAGGUGAGAAGAACGUCAGGUUAAACUUGGUGCAGAGGACAAAGAAUGACAUUCAUCCCUCGAAGCUCAGGUACGCCGCAGCGCUGACUGGGAUAUUGAUGAAUUGCACCACGAAAUUAUUCAGGUGCUUAGCAGCAUUUCGUUCCUUCCUGCGGUCGGAGUUCAGCGAAGAAAAUGUCGAGUUCUGGCUGGCGUGUGAGGACUUCAAGCGGAUCGCCUCACCUGGCGAUCUGUGUUUGAAAGCUGAGGAGAUCUACCAGGAGUUCCUCCACCCUACGGCACUCCGGGAGAUUAAUGUUGACCACCAUGUAAGAGAGAAGAUAAAGAAGUCCUUGGUGAAGCCAAGUAGCUCCUGCUUUGAUGAAGCCCAGAGACAUGUUUACCAGCUCAUGGAAAGAGACUCCUGUCCCAGGUUCCUCCACUCCGACAACUAUUUGAGUCUGACACGCAAAACCAGGAGCAUGUGGCACAUGUAGCCAUGACAUGAUGACUGAGUCCACUAAAAUAUAUUUGUAUAACAACCUGCUGGUAGAUGGUUGCUUGUACUUCCUCAAAAUUUUCCUUUUUUUCUUUUGUGGUACUAACCAAACAUUUGCAUAUGUCAAAAGUCCAAUACCCGAAAGUGAUAGACUGCAUUCAUAACAGACUUUAGGCCCAAGACAAAUCCUCAAUUUCACCAUUUCAUCUUGUUAUAAUAGGAUCUCAGUGGGGUAUAAAGUGGGCACAUUCGGGUAUUAGACUUUAACAGCCUGCAUCAGGACCAUGAUCACUUUUUGGCAAGUCUUGUGCUUCAGAAAGUUGCUGAAUAAGCAAAAUGUGUUGUACUGUGUAAGAGGUAAAGCCCAGGGUUUUACUUGACUUUUCCCCACGCCAAGUAUAGAUGAUGACCAGAUCUGGCCGUACAUAGCUUUGCUAUUGUUGUUCUGCUUAAAAGCGUUAUUUUAUUUCUGUUGUUGAUGUUUAUCAUCACAGUGAAACACUGAGAACGCUGAGACUGAGAAAAUUUGUUCUUCCCCUCCAACGGAAAAAAAAAAAUUCCUUCAUGUGUUUUUUUUUUGUGGGUUCGGGGGUGGGGGGUAUUUGUAAAUGUGAUAAAAUGGUAAAGAGUACAUUGGAGCAGUGAUUAAUGAAUGUGAUAGUCAUGCUGAAGAAUUGAGAAGUCAUGUGGAAAAGUAAAGUCACUUGGUGAACUGGGCUGUGUUACUUGGAUGGUUGUGGAUGAGGGUAGACGUGGUUGAUAGACUGGAGUUUUCCGGUAAGGUGCAGUAUGUCCGCAAGUGGCGUUCAGAGGGAUAAGAGAUGUGACCCCCCCCCCCCCCCCGCCUGCAUGUUUCGUAGCCAUCACUGUCAAAAUUAAAAGUACUGUGGGAACGUU